AUGUCGCAAACUAUGAAAGCUGUUGUGUUCAAGGGACCUCACAAGGUCGUGAUUGAGGACCGUCCUGUGCCGAAGAUCCAAGAUGAUGGAGACAUCAUUGUCAAGGUCGAGUACACAGCACUCUGCGGCAGCGAACUGCACGUCUUCCGCGGCCACCAAGCCUCAGCUACCGAUUUUAUCAUGGGCCACGAAUUCACAGGCCGCAUCACCCAAGUAGGCUCAGCCGUCAAGACCCUCAAAGAAGGCGACCUCGUCGUCUCUCCUUUCACAACUUCCUGCGGCGAAUGCUUCUACUGCAAACAUGGAUUCUCCUCUCGCUGCGAAAAGUCACUUCUCUUCGGCUGCCCUAAGCUUGAUGGUGGUCAAGCUGAAUACGUACGUAUCCCUACUGCUGAGGGUACGGUGAUGAAGGCACCCGAGGGACUGGAAAAGGAAGCUUUGGUGCUGAUGGCAGAUAUCUUCCCCACCGGCAUGUUUGCGGCUAAGAAUGCGUUCAAGGAGCUGAGCAAGGAAGAAGCUCAGGAGAGCACAGUUGUAUUGCUCGGUCUGGGACCCGUGGGUUUGUGUGCAUUGGUUAAUGCCUUGGACUACAAGCCCAAGCACCUCCUCGCUGUUGACAGUGUGGACAGCAGAUUGAAGCAAGCCGAGGGUCUCGGAGCCGAAGCCUGGAACUUCAUGACCGAUAGAGAAGGUCUGGAAAAGAGAGUCAAGGAGCUCACUGACGGCAGAGGUGCUGAUGUCGUGAUCGAGGUUGUGGGUCUGUCUCCUGCACUCAAGCUUGGUUACGACCUCCUCAGACCUUGGGGUAUCAUUUCGAGUGUUGGUGUACACAAUGCUGAGAUCCCGUGGACAGGCAAUCAAGCAUACAACAAGAAUCUGCGUGUUCAGAUGGGUCGCUGCCCUGUCCGUUCGAUAUUCGCAGAAGCACUCGAAAAGCUUAAGGCAAAGCAACACCUACUCGGCUUCAUGUUUGAGAAGGUCAUGCCGCUCUCUGAAGCCUUGGAAGGCUAUGAUCUCUUUGACAAGAUGAAGGUGCAGAAGGUCGUCUUCGAGCUUGAACAUUAA